AUGAGAGCUGCCAGCUCCACGUGGGUCCCCCCCAACCCCUCCUCCCUGCCCCGAGUUUCGGGUGUGGCCCAAGUUCUGCAAACCUCGAACCAGAAGGAGAGCCAGGAGGCGGGUGUUUCCCGAACGGAGCUCUCCAAGUGGGAUCUGCGGGUGAAUGUCCAGCAGGAGGCACCAGGCUGUGAGAAUCUGUCAUCCCUGCGUUUUCAUUCUGAUGGUGACAGCCGCGCAAUGGGUGAAAGCACCCUGACCUCAGCCCAGCUGACCCCUUUCCCUUACCGGUACUCGGGGCCGCCUGGCCGGCAGAAGUCCGGGCACCGGCAGCCGCAUCCCCGGCCCGGGCACACCGGAGCGCUAGGACCUGUCACCCCGGCCUCCCGGGGAGCGCUGACACAGCGGCCUCUGACCCCACCUCCCGGGAAGUUCAGCUGCUCAGAACCACAAAGCAAAACAAAGGGGUGCGGAGAGGAAGGAGCCGCCGAGGCUCCAAUCACCGCUGCCUCCCCAGCCCGCCCGCGGCUCUUCGCCCCGCUCGCCGCUGGCCGCGGACCAAGGCCUGGGCAGCUCCCCGGUCCCUUGUCUCCCCGCGGGCCGCCCGUGACAGGAGCCGGAGAAGCCGCCGAGGGGCAACCAGGGAUGGGAAAACCAGAUGGCUCCGGCCCUCCUCCCGCCUCCUCCAUCCCUCCCUCCGGGUGCCCGCGGCCUGGCCGCCCUCCGCAGGGGCCCGGGGCGGCCUCGGGCCCGGCUCGGCCGGCUCACCCCGGGGAAAAGAUUGCCUUUGUCUAA